AUGAACAGAGAUGAUGGGGAGGAAAAGAAGGCAGAAGAACAAGGACAGGAGGGGCCACGAGAGUCAUCGGUGUCAGGAGUACGAGAGAACCUUUCCCCAUGUGGGGGACUGGAAGCUGCCUCAGCAACCUUGGAAAGAGCUGAAAGUCGGCAGGAAAUCCACCCAAUGGAGGAAGUGGAAGGCCACAGUCAACCCAGAGUCAGAGCUAUUCGCAGGAGGAAGAUGUUAUCCCAUGUGGAGCUGCAACAUCAUUCUCAGAGGAUUAAUCCCCAAGAGCUGUUAGGAAAGCAGAAAACAAAGAGACCCAGAAAGUGCCUUGAUUCUCAUUUGAGAAUCUACACAGGGGAGGAACCCCGCCAAAGCUCAGAGCCUUUGAAAAGUGACCCUCUGACCAAAAAACCGAUGAAACAUCCAAGGCUUGAUGACAGGGGAAAGACACAUAAAUGUUUGGUAUGUGGAAAGAAUUUCAGAUGCGAUUCAGUCCUUAAAAUACAUCAGCGAAUUCACUUAGGGGGGAAACUGCAUAAUUGUACAGAAUGUGGAAAGAGGUUCACUCAAAGAUUAAACCUCAUCAUACAUAAACUGUACCAUAGAAUGGAGAAACCCUUUAAAUGCAAAGAAUGUGGGAAAAGCUUCCGUCAGAGAGUAUACCUUACCAGACAUGAACGAAUUCACACAGGAGAGAAACCCUAUAAAUGUGAAGAAUGUGGAAAGAGCUUCCAUCAAAGAUCAACCCUUAAGCAACAUUGCAGGUGCCAUACAGGGGAGAAACCCUAUAAGUGUGAACAAUGUGGAAAACGUUUCAACUGGAAAUCAAAUUUUAGACGACAUCAAAGGUGUCAUACAGGGAAGAAGAAACCCUAUAAAUGUGAAGAAUGUGGAAAGAGUUUCAAUCAAAGAUCAACCCUUAAGCAACAUCUCAUGUGCCAUACAGGGGAGAAACCCCAUAAAUGUGAGCAAUGUGGAAAACGUUUCAACUGCAAAUCAAACCUUAGACAGCAUCAAAGCUGCCAUGCACGGGAGAAACCCUAUAAAUGUGAACAGUGCGGAAAACAUUUCAAACUCAAAUCAACCCUUAAGCAACAUCGUAGGUGCCAUACAGGGGAGAAACCCUAUAAAUGUGAAGAGUGUGGAAAAGGCUUCAAUAGGAGCUCAUCCCUUAAGAACCAUCAACAAAAUCACUCAGGGAAGAAACCCUUUUUGUGCAAAGAAUGUGGAAAGACCUUCAAUCAGAGCUCACACCUUAAGUCACAUCAACUAAUUCACACAGGCGAGAAACCCUUUCAAUGCAAAGAAUGUGGUAAGGGCUUCAAUCGAAACAGCAACCUUACUGUGCACAAAAGAAUUCAUACUGGAAAGAAACCUUUUCAAUGCUCUUUGUGUACAAAAACAUUCCUUCACAAGUCCCAACUUAUUAAACAUCAAAGAAUUCAUAAACAGGAGACUCCCUAG